GUAAUCACAGUAGUGCCGCUGAGGAGCCCUGUUGUCUCAAACACUGGAGCUGAAAACAUGUCUCACCCGUCAAACUUCACGACUGUCGACCGUCUGUCUCUCUGACUGAAGUUUGAUUGAAGAUUCAGAUCAUGUGACGGUGGAUGAUGAAUGUGACACAGACGCUGGAGGUGAAGGAUGUGUCGUCUACUGGAGAAUUAUACCUGCAGGCGUGUAAACUGGUGCGUGUGGCGCCCGUCACAUACUUUCUCAGACAUCUGGGCUGUGACACCAUUAAUAUGAAUCAUCAUGGACUGGGUCCUCUGGGAGGGAAAGCUCUGGCCAUCGCUCUUGUGACAGACAUGAACAUCACGACCCUACAGCUCGCUGAUAACUGUCUGUCGGCUGACGGAGCCAGAUAUCUCACCCAGAUGCUGAGGGCCAAUUUCACUAUCCAACAUCUUGAUCUCUCCAACAAUCACCUGCAGUCUGCCGGCGCUGAAUGUGUGGCUAAAAUGCUCCUAGAAAACAUUUCCAUCAAAUCGUUAAAACUUUCAGGGAAUAAAUUUGCUGAAGAUGAUGCCAGAUGGUUCGCAGACGCUUUUGCGAGCAACUACAGAGUCAAGGAGCUGGAUCUGAGUCACAAUCACUUCAGCGCUCGAGGAGGAGAACAUCUGGGUCAAAUGAUAGCCAACAAUGUCGUUUUAGAGGUUCUUGAUCUCAGCUGGAAUCGUCUGAGAAUGAAGGGAGCUGUAGCUUUCUGUGCCGGAUUAAAGGUCAACAGCACUCUGAAACAUUUGGAUCUGUCCUGGAACGGCUUUGGGAAUGAAGUGGCUUUAGCUUUAGGUGAAGCGCUGAAAUUCAACAACACAUUAGUGCAUCUGAACCUGAACAACAACCGCAUGACAGAUGAGGGUGUGAGCAUGCUCUGUAAGGGUCUGGAGGCCAACGACAUGCUGCGAGUGCUGAAGCUGGCGUAUAACUCAAUGACGGUGGAGGGGGCUUUAACUCUCAUAAAUGUCAUCAAGAAAACUUCUAAAAGUGCCAUUGAGGAGCUCAACAUAUGUAACGUGCUGGUGAAUGAGAACUUUGUCCAGUUGUUAGAGUUGAUCUGUCAGGAGCGUCUCAGUCUGGAGGUUAUGGAGUAUGGAGGAGUCGGGGGAUUCAUCGCCAAAAAACUCCGCAAGCGCUCGGACCCCAUGAAGAUCAUUCAGGUACUAAACUCCACCUGA